AUGACGUUGAAUAAUAAUUGUCAUUCUAAUGCAUCUCUACGCUGUAUGCUUCUCAUGACGUUUAAUAAUGAAUGUCAUUCUAAUGCAUCUCUACGCUGUAUGGUGAUACAAAAGAAAACUGUGGUCCAUGAACACAGACAGUUUUUUAAAUGCUACAGUGUUUUAAAUUUUUUUGGCAAGGAGAACAGUCGUCGUCGAUCGCAGAGAUGUGGAGGUGCAUUUUGCAUGUGUCUUCCUCAGAUCUCUGCUCCAAAGUGGAAUCGACAAAAAGCAAAUACAUUUCAUUCAAAUAUGUCUCAUAACAAACACAGUAUGUUUUGUGAAGAAAAAAAGCAUCGCCACCAAGUUCACACAUAUUCUAAAAAGCUAUCUCGCGAAAGGAAAAUAAAACGACAAAACAUUAUGUCAGUUUGUCCGAUAUCUACUACUUUUGCCACUAAAAUUUGGGAUUUAAAUGACGAUCACAGAUAG